AUGGCACCUGGCACCGAGCCUUGGUACUGCGGUGCCACAGCUCGGUUCCAGGUGCCAUGGCGCUGUGGAACCAUGGCUCGUACCACAGCUCAGCUUGGUACCACGGCUCGGUACCAAGUACCACAGUACGGUUUCAAGUACCGUGGCAUCUCGUCCCUACUGCACGUUGAGACAAUUCACCAGCUGGACAAUGAACUCAACACCAAGUGGGAGAUGGCCCGUCACCUGCGCGAGUACCAGGACCUGCUCAAUGUCAAGAUGGCCUUGGAUAUUGAAAUUGCUGCAUAUAGGAAACUCCUAGAGGGAGAAGAGACACACUUCAGCACUUUCCCUUAUCGCCAUGUCUCCUCCAAAAUUUCCAAGCCUAAAGAUGCUCCAAAGCUUAAAGUGCAGCACAAGUUUGUGGAGGAAAUCAUUGAGGAGACAAGGGUAGAAGAUGACAAGGCUGACAUUGAUGAGGAUCUAGCAGAGAUAGCACAGCUGUCUUCCACUCAAGAAGAGGAGGGAAGAGGAGAGGAGGGUGAGGAGGGAGGAGAAGGAGAGGAAGCAGAGGAAGCAGAGGGUGAAGGUCAGGAUGAAGGUGAGGAGGAGGAAGAAGCUGUAAGCGCCACUGAAGCCAAAGUUAGCUCUAGUGCUCCCAGUAAAGAGGAAGAAGAGGAGGGGAAAGAAGGUGAUGAGAAGAAGGGAGAAGGAGAGGGUGGAGAGGAGGAAGAGAAGGAAGAGGAGGGUGAGGGAGAAGGAGAAGAGGAGGGAGAAAAGGGGGAUGAUGAAGACGGAGGCGAAGAGGGAGAAGGUGAGGAGGGAGGUGAUGAGGAGGAAGUUGAGGAAACAGUCUUGUGCUCCAAAGCUCCAGAGUCUAAAACCUCUCCUGCCAAAGAAAAAGCAGGAGACAAAGAGGGCAGUGGAGGAGAGGAGGAGGCAGAGGAGGGUGUUGAAGAGGAGGGUGAUGAAAAGGAUGAAGAUGCAGGUAGUGACAAGGGAUCCAAAAGUGGAGAUGAGAAAGAGGAGAAAGAGGAUGUAGACAAAGGCAAAAAGAUAAUGAAAAAGAUGAGAAGAAGGGAAAAGAAAAAAGCAGAGGAAAAAUCUGAAAAAGCUGCAGCUAAGACAGAGGCUGUGAAAUCAGAAGCUGCUAAACCUGAGGCUAAGAAGGAAGAGGCUGCCAAGAAGUCAGAAUCCCCAAAGGCUGGCUCUCCUAAGUCUGAAUCACCUAAGCCUGAGUCUCCCAAAUCUGAAUCCCCAAAGCCUGCAUCUCCUAAAUCUGAAUCUCCCAAGGAAGGCUCCCCCAAAUCUGGGUCUCCAAAGCCGAGUUCCCCCAAAGCUGAGUCCCCUAAGAAGGAGAGCGCUAAACCUCCAAAGGAAGAGAAAUCAGAGAAAACAGAAGACAAGAAGGUAGAAAAGAAAGAUGUCGCAAUGAACGGCGACAUAGACAAGAGCAGCCCGGAUGAGAAAGACAAAAAGGAGGGUGACGUGAUCGCCAACGGUGUCGACGAGAGCCCGGUGAAGGAAGACGGCAGCCAGAAAGUGGUGAUCACCAAAACUGUGGAGACAAUCACUACUGGAGAAGAUGGAUCCAAGCAUGUCACCAAAUCAGUUACCACUGUGACGGAGACGGUGAAGGAAGUGGAGGAGGUGCAGCAGGAGAAGCUGGUCUCCACCAAGAAGACGGAGAAGCACUCCACCCAGGCCGUCAAGCAGGUGACCGAGGCCGAGUGAGUGGACGAAGACAAGGAGGAGGAGGAAGAGGAGGAAGGAUGGAGGGACCAGAGAAGAGGACACGAAGACAAGCAAUCAACCCCAGAACUAACAUAACAAAGAAAAUCAUACAGCUAGAGCGAUGUAUUAAAGAUAACCACUCUCAAACAUAUGAAACCAAUCAUAGAGAGAAGCCAAAACCUAAAUGCUAAAAACUUCAAAAAUGCAUGUUGAGUGAAAGCUUUAAAUGGGCUUCGCUGCAGAUGCGGCCAGGAGCAAGCGACUGAGACAUUUUCUUCUAUUUUUUCUUUCUUUCUGCAGUUCAUGGGUGAGCUCAAUGGGGGGAGGGAGGGGGGUUUCUGCAUGCUAGCUCAGGGGAGGGGAUUCAUGUCCUCUCUUAUGUGUAUGUACGGUAGAACUACACUGUAAAAAGAGUAAAUAUGUAAAAGGAAUAAAUGCACUG